AUGGGGGCCGACCUCCUGCAGGGCCAUCUUGUCGUCAGGGACAUUGAGCGAUGGUGCUUGCGGAAGGGCCGCCGGGGCGGCACCGCCCCCGUCCUGGCUGUGAUAUUCUUCGACACGGACCCCUCGGCCGAGGACUACGUCCGCAUCAAGGCGCACGUCGCGGAAAAGGCCGGCGUCGGGUACUGGGUGUACGAAAUGUCGCCUGACGCUUCCUGCGCGCAGGUGCAGACGCAGAUCCGGGCGCUCAACGAGAACGCGCGGGUGCACGGGAUACUCGUGCAGCGGCCGCUGCCAGAGCACCUCGGCGAGCCCAAGGUGAUGGCGGCCAUCGACCCGCGCAAGCACGUCGAGGAGUACCGCGACGGGCGGGCGAGCAACAUCGCCGCCGACGCCGUGGGCCGGCUGCUCUCCAGCCACGGGAGGCGCGGCGCGCUGCGCCGGUCGGCCGUGCACGUCGCGGGCGCGGGCAACAUCGUCACCGACGGCUUCACGGCCCACAUGAGGCGCCGCUACCCCUGGGUCAGCGCGUCCCCGGGUCUGCGCCAGCUCGUCGCCGCGGAGCACGGCGGCCGGCCGGUCGUGCUCAUCACGGAGCUCCAUCGCGGGGCGGGCCACGUCACGCCGGGCAUGGUGCGUCCCGAGGUCCGCAUCGUCAUCGACCUCGGCUUCUACCUGUCGCGGGGGGGCGUCGCCGCCGGGGACCUCGACCACGCGGUGCUCGCGAUGGACGGCCUCGCCGUCGCCCCGACCCCCGGCGGCGUGUUGCCCAUCCUGCCGUGGUUGAUGAUGGAGAGGACCAUCCGAGCGGCGCGGCGUCUGGCGCGGGAGGAGACGGGCCCCGGCUGCGCGUGCCAGUGA